GGGAGAUUGUAAUCUUAUACUAUCGGAACCUAGGUAUUGAGAGCUCGUGGCCACGAUGCUUGCUGCAACAUAUAACCACGGUGGUACCGCCAUUGACGAUGUAGGUGGGUGUUGUUAUUGCACCUCUCAUCCUCUAAUACCCAUCGACCUCGAACGAGUGUGAUACUCGCUCUAAAGAGUCUAACUUGAUGUCCGUCUCGACCUCAUCUUGACACCAAAACCACUUACACCGACGCAUCAUCACCAACAGCAUCACACCGACCGCCAUGACUUCAUCACCCUGCACGCUCGCGACGUGCGACGUCUCCGACAGCCCGUACGGCUACCGCCCAGCACUAACAGGCAGCGCCGUCUUCGCCACCGUCUCGGCCCUCUGCCUCGUCGUCAACGGCGCCGUCGCCGCUCGGUCAACACAACGGCACGCCACAACUCCCUUCUCCGUCAUCGUGACUCUCGCCUGCGUGCUCGAGUUGCUCGGCUGGGUAGACCGCAUGGCUGGCUGGAGCGACCCUUGGGCCGUGUACCCUCUCCUGCAGAGCAAGGCCCUCCUCACGAUUGCCCCGAUUUUUGUCACUUCAAGUAUCUACGUCUGUCUCGCACCAAUGGUCCGGAUACUAGGCGCAGAACACUCCUUCAUCAAGCCUGAACUCUACACUACCAUCCUCCUCCCGCUAGACGGCCUCGCCCUUCUCCUCCAAAUCGUAGGCCUCGGCGUCGGCUUCCAAAACGUGCCGUACACUCUCUCACCCCAGGACUCGUACGCACCUAACGACAUGGGCGCGAAAAUCGUCCUGGCGGGCCUGGCCGUCCAGCUCGCAACCCUGGUCACGGCGGGCCUGUCCCUCGCCUUCAUCCUCCUCCGCGCAGCCCGCUCCUACCGACAGUACGGCUACACUACCUUCCACCGCGACGUGGGCUACGUGCCUCUGACGGGCCGCUUCCGCAUCUUCGCCGGCGCGGUGCCGUCCGCCAUGGUCGUCUUGUUCGGCAGGAUGUGUUUCAGGGUCGCCGAGUACGCAGAGGGCUUUCGGGGCCCGUUGGCGAGGGGCGGCGGGGAGGGAUUGUUUCUCGGGCUCGAGGGGUUUCUUGUCGGGUACGCGCUCUUGGCGAUCGUGGGGUGCCACCCGGCCUUGUUCUUGAGGGAUGGGAAGAUGGUUUCGAGAAUCGAGUCGGAGCCGUUUGUGGGUAUUGAUAGCGUUGGGAGUACUGGCGGGAACGGCGAUCACGAGAGGGAUUUGGAGGAGCUUAGCAAGGUGUAUCAGAGGCACCACGAGGAGGAGGAGAGGCUGUCGAGAUUUGAGCGUGUUUGAAGAUGAUACCCCCUUUUUAAAGUAGCGUGC